AUGGGUCUUGUCACAACGAUUGUUGGUUGGGCGGGUUUCGGUGUGGGAGUAAGAGCGCUUUCAAACAGCAUUCAGGGGAGACCUUACUUUGCUACCCUGUUCUUUUCGGGAGUUGGAACCUAUAUUUAUUUUGCUAAUGAACGCAUGGAGGAAUUAAUCGAGAAGAGAAAGAAAAUUUUAUUGGAAAAUAGGAAGCGUAGGAAAGAAUUGGAGGGUAUCCAACCUGAAGGCGCCAUUCACUAA